AGCCCACUAAGCACACAUCCAAAUCCCCCUUCCGCCAUCCCCCUUCCCCUUCAUCCCAAUGCAAGUCGGAGGAGCGUCACAACGGCACCCACGUGGUGGCGUAUUACAGCCCUGCAGACAUCCCCAGUCUGACACCAUCGUUGAAACCUUUUUUCGCGUCCCUCCUUUCCCCAUUCAGGUCGGAGGAACGUCACAACGGCACCCAUGUGGUGGCGUAUUACAGCCCUGCAGACAUCCCCAGCCUGCUGCACCAUCUAUCCGCGCUGGGCCCCGCCUUUGCUGCUGUUCACGAGGCUGUUGUCGCGUUCGCUCGCACUGAGCUGCCGCAGCUGGAGGAACCUGAAAGUGAUGCUGAGGCACCUGAAGAUUGUGUGGAGGCACCUGAAGGCGAUGUGGAGGCACUUGAAGGGGAUGGGGAGGCACCUGAGAACAAUUCUGGACGGCUGUCAAGUGCAGCUGACGUGGAGAUGGGAGAAGGGGGAGGGGAUAUCAAUGAAGGGGAUAAUGAGGUAGAAGAGGUAGGAGAAGGAGGGGCUGCUGCUCCUAUAGGUGCAGAUGACGGGGAUGUUGCCGAGGUUAAGACGGAGGAAGAGGGUGCAGUAGAGAUGAAGGUGGAUGAAGAGGGUGCAGCUGAGAUAAAGGCGGAGGAAGGGGGUGCAGCCGAGAUGAAGGGGGGGGGAGAAGCUAUAGUCGAGAUAAAAGCGGAGGAAGGGGGUGCAGCCGAGACAAAGGCAGAGGAAAAUGCCACAGCCGAGGUAAAGGGGCAGGAAGGAGGGAUUGCUGAGAUGGUCACAGCAGACGCAGCGGAGGAGGAGGGAGAGGAGGAGGGAAGACGGGAGGGGGAAAGACAGGAGGGUGUGAAGGCAGAAGAGGGAGCGAAUGAGGCUGGAGAGGGUUGUGUAGAUGGGAGUGCAGAUGGGGGCGCAGAGGGCUGUGCGGAUGGAGGUGAGAUUGAGUGCGCAGGUGGGGGCGCAGAGGCUGCAGAGGCAUGUGUGGAUGUGAGUGCAAGAGCGGGUGCAGAGGGCUGUGUAGGUGGGAGUGCAGGUGGGGGCGCAGAGGGCCGCUGUGCGGAUGGAGGUGAGACUGAGUGUGCAGAGAAGGGUUCAGAUGACGGUGCAGAUGGUAUUUCUAUUGGGAGUGCUUGGGAUCUGGCAGACGAAGGUGUAGGCCCUGUAGGGGAUGUUUCAGAGGUUGGGGCGGCAGAUUUGAGUGAGCCAGCAGAGGUUGUGAUUGGGGCAGAGACGGUAACUGCCAGUGAUGUAAGCGCAGAGAUAGGAGGAAGGGCAGGCGGGGCAGAAAUGGUAGAGGCAGGAAAUUGUGGAGAGGCAGGAGAUGGUGGGGAGGCAGGAGAUGUUGGCGAGGCAGGAGAUGUUGACGAGGCAGGAGAUGUUGGAGAGGUAGGAGAUGUUGGAGAGGUAGGAGAUGUUGGAGAGAGGCCGGGAGGGAGGCGGAUUGCCCGGGUGGUGGCGAGGCUGUGGGAGAGGCUUGGCAUGUCUGCUUCUGGGGAGGCUGGAGAAGCUACUCCUGCUGCUGCCGUUACCGCUGGUCCUGCUGAUGGCGAGGUGCCAAAGAGCCCGUGCCAGGCAGUAGCUUUGAACGGAGUGGCAUCACAAGAAGCCUUGCAGGCAGAGCAGGCGGAACAUCAAGCACAGCAGGCAGAGGAGGCGCAGUGGGUAAAGAGAGUAGAGAGAGCAGAGAGGGCAGAGCGAGUGGAGCGGGGGAGAGAAGGAGAUCUCCUAGAGCCGUACACGAAUCGCUACGCUCUGGGGGAAGUAUCCUCAGCACUAGCCGUCGCUCUCUGCUCCGCCACCGCACAGGAGGCGGAGAGGCGCGGCACAGGAGGCAGCAGAGACGAGGAGGAUUCAGAGCACAGAACGAGACGUUCCGGCCGUAGGUCUAAGGGGCUUAUGUCAGUAACCGAGCAGAUGAGAGUGUUUGCGAAAUGCAUGCCUGCUGGGUACUGGCCGAUGUAUGCCAGUUUCUCCAGCCGCGUUGGGGCUGCAGUGGCAGCAGCAGGCGCAGGGGCUAGAAACUCUGCUGCUGCCGCGGCGGCGGCGGCGGCAGGGGCGGGUGUGUUUAAGGAGCGUUGUGGUUGGUGUGCGCACUGCCAAUCCGCUCAUAGGAAAUACUGCCUGCUUGUCUCCGCUGCCCGUGCUGCCUCUGCGACUGCUACUGCUGCCGCGGCUGUCGGGAACGUCCGGGCUGCUAGCCAGCGCAGGCUCGGGGGAGGUCUGGCGGGAGGCGUGGGGAAGGGAAGGCUCGGAGCAGGUUCGGCAGGAGGGGAAGCGGUGGGAGGUGGUGCGGGCGGAGGUGGGGACGGGGGGAGGGUGAGGGGCUUGGGGGGACCGGGAGGGGUGCGUGGGGUGAAGGGGGAGGAAGCGUUAAGAGAGAGGGAUGGGAGGCUGGAUGCUGUAGUCACACGGUUGAUGUACCUGGAAGGACAGCUGCACCCUUUGCUGGAAGGCCCUUGGAACGAUUUCAACUGGCGCCAGCACUGGCGGCAGCGCGCAGUUCAAGCCACGUCUCUACUCCAAGCGAAGCAGCUUAUAAAGGAGGUGGCCGGAUCCCUCCGCACCGUCGCCCUCUCCUCCCAUUGGUCGGCUGAACCAGAGCCGCCCGCGCCCCUCCCAUCCAGCCUCCCGUUACAAGCACACCCAGUGCCUGUCGCCCCUGCUGCUGCCCCCCGCCCCUCUGGACGAAGGCGGAAGUCACAAGGAGGGAGAGGGGGAGCAGGUAGUUGGUUUGGAGGAGGGGGGAGAGGUGGGGGAGGAGCAGGGGCAGGAUCGGUGCCGGCGUGGGUGAUGCUGAUGGAGGUUCGGCGAGCGGAUCAAAAUAACACUUUCCCGUUCUCCCACAUCCGUUUCUUCUCCCCUCUUCAACUCCCCCGAUCCCACCUCCCUCCCUCCACAGGCGGUUUCAAGAAGCUCCCAGGGUUGCUGUACGGAGUGCCAUUCACCAGUCGCCGAGGGGUGCCAGUGCGGGCGGAGAAGGUGGCGUGGGAGGCGAGGGUGGAUGCUGCCCGCUCCGUCGCCCACCUCGCCCUGCAGCUUCGAUCGCUGGAAGGGCUGAUACGAUUAGACCAGAUCAACACCGCUGCCGGUCCCCCCGCUGUUGCCGUUCCUGCCGCUGCCGCCGCUGCUGUUGCUGCUGCUGCUGCUGCUGCCCGUGCUGCUUCUGCUGCUGGUGGUGGUGUUUUCGGUGGUGGUGGUGGUUUAGGGGAUGGUGAUGACGUGGAGGAGAGCUGGGUCUCGCUGUGUGACGUGGCGUCGCGUGAUUCGUAUGUUCUGGAUAAGGACUUCCGGCCGCCGUUUCAUGAAGUGGAAAAUAUCAAAGAGGAGACCGUUAAAGAGGAGUUGGAAACGGUUGGGAAGGAAGAAGCGAAGGUCAGAAGAAGUGAAAGGGAGGAGGAUGUGGGAGUGAAGAGAGUGGGAGUUAAGGAGGAAUGGAAGGAAGAGGUGAGGGAGGGUGCGGCUGAGGAGGAUGAGGGGGCAGAAAGGGAGGCAAAACGGGCGAGAAGAGGAGAGCAAGGGGAAUGGGUAGCAGGGGGAGGGCAGGCCGUGGGAGGGGAGGUGUUAAGGGGGGAGGCAGUGGGAAGGACAGCGGUGGGAGGGGAAGGAGGUGCGGGUGGAGUGAGUGCGGAGGGAGGUGCACUACCAGCAGCGGAGUACUUGUUUGGAGUAGCCUCUGUCACCGCUCCCCCUUGUGCUGAAGACCACGGGACGGCUGCUGCUGAGGCUGACGUUCCUCAUGGGAUGGGUGCGUCUGGUGGUGUGGAAACGAAUGAUACUCCCAUGCUCGUGUCUCUCGAGGCUGAGAUGAGAGGAACAGGUGCGGGUGAGGAUGGGACACAAGAGACACAAGAGACGGAGGAGGCACAAGAGACACAAGGGAUGGAAGCUGAAGCUAUCGGUGUCCAAACGAGCGUUGCUGAAGCAAGGCUUGGAGGGGUGGAGGCAGAGGAGCGAAAGGCUGAGGAGGGGGGCGAAGGAGAGGAGGCGACUCUUGGGGCCCCUGAAAAGGAGAUGAGGGCGGAUGAGGAGGUGAGGGAAGAAGAGGGGGAAGAGAGGAACGAUGAGGUGGAGGAAGUGAUGGGAGAUGUAGGCAGUGGUGGUGGUGGGAAGGACGGAGGUGGUGAAAUGGUGGAUUUAUCCCAGGAAGAUGAGGAGUGUGGGAGGGAGGAGAGCGUUGUCAGUGAGAUGCAGGUGGGCAGAGAGUCGAAUCCCUGGAAAAGAAGGAGGAAAGACGGUGGGAAGGAGGAGGAUGUGGUCGUGGCAAUGGGGGAUGUUGGGGAAGGGGCAGGGGAGGGAGCAGCAGCAGAUAAAGUAGAGAAUAGAGCAUGUAAGGAAGAAGAGGAAGAGGAAGUUGGGGAUGACGAGGAGAGGAACGAGGGAAUGAAGGAGGAGGAGAGGGAGGAGGAAAUGGAGGAGGUAGGAGGAGAUGGAGGCGGAAGGAAUGGUGAGAAGGUCACAGGUGUGGUGGAAGGAGGCGGGGGAGAGGAGGAGGGAGGGAAGGAGGGAGGGGAGGAGGAAGUUAUGGAGGUAGGGGUGCAAGGGGAGGGUAAGGCAGGGAAGAAGCGCAAGAGAGAGCUGAAGCCAGAAAUCAUUCCCGAGGGGAGCCGGAGAGUCACGAGGAGCCGAGUGAAGGAGGAGGGGGGUGCAAAGAAGGGAGUGGGAGAGAAAGGAAGAGCUGAUGGGAAGGUUGUAGUUGAGGAUAUGGUAAAGGGAAGAAAAGGUGGGGUGAAGGGUGGUGUAAAGGCAGGGAAGAAGGGGAAGGAAGAGGAGGAAGAGGAGGAGGAGGCGGAAGGUGUGGUUAUGGUGAAGGAAGAAGAGGAGGUGGAGGAGGUGAAGGAGGAGGUGAAGGAGGAGGGGGAGGAGAAGGGUGAGAAGGGUGGGAGAGGAAGAGUGGCUGGGGGCAGAGGGAGGGGUGUGGAUGUUGCUGAAAGGAACAAGCUGCGGCUUGUGGAGAAAGAGGAGAAACAGGAGGAAGAAAAUGAGCAAAUAGUAGGGAAGGUAGAGAGGAAGAUUGAGAAGAUGAGAGAAGUGCAGGAGAUAGAGGAAGUGGAAGAGAGUGACGAAGAGGGGCGAGAGGAUGAGGAAGAGGAGGAAGAAGACGAAGAUGGGGGAGUGUGGGUGCCAGAGAGGCUAGUCCCACUGGAGCUGAUCCGAGAGUUUGAGCACCGAAGGAGAACAGAGAUCUGGGAAGAGCAUGCAAAGCUGGUGAGAGCAGAGAGAGAGGCUGCAGAGGCAGCCGCUAGGGCUGUUAUUGUUAAGUACGUGAGGGAGAAAGUGCGGGCGAUGAGGGAGAGGCGGGAGCUGAUGGUGCAGGCGAUGGUGGCUCAGUGUAGAGAGAUGGAAGGGCGGAAGAGGCGGGGAGGAAAGGAGAAGCAGGGGCAGGAGAGGCCGGGGCAGGAGAGGCAGGGGCAGGAGCGGGAGGAGAAGCGGAAACGGGAGAGGGAGAGGGAGCGGGAGCGGGAGAGGGAGAGGGAGGCGAGGGAGCAUGAGAAGGAGGAUCGGCGGGAGAGGAAGGAGAGGGUGAAGGAGGAGAGGGAGAGGGAGCGGCAGAGGCGGUUGGAGGAGAGGGAGAGGGCGAGGAGGGAGAGAGAGCAGGCUUCAAUGACGAGAAUGUCACAGGUGGUGGGGGCAGAGGUACAGGCGAGGAUAGUGGCGGAGGCACGGGGGAGAAUGCAGAGGGAGAUGGAGGAGCGGUGUUCUGCUCUGUAUGCCCGACUGGUGGCUGUGCAGAGUCAAGCAGGAGGUGCGGGAGCAGCCGGAGGAGCGGGGGGAGGAGGAGGAGCAGAAGCGGUGGUGGAUGCGUGCAGGGUGUGCACGCGAGGGUUCUUCGGUGAUGGGUCUUCAUAUGCGUUUCCUGUAAAGUGCACCGCUAACGCUCUACUCCCCUCCAAAUCCCGCUCCCCCAACAUUCUUCCCCCCUUUCCCCCCCCCCUCCUCACAGCCUUGACCCAUGCCACAUGCCUCUCGCCCCCGGACCUCCUCCCUCCGGCCUUCCAUCCCGCCCCUCCCACGGAGCCAUCCCCCUCCCCGUCCCCUCCCGCAUUUCUCCUCGUGUGCCUCAACUCCUUGACCCAUGCCACAUGUCUCUCGCCCCCCGACCUCCUCCCUCCGGCCUUCCACCCCGCCCCUCCCACGGAGCCAUCCCCCUCCCCGUCCCCUCCCGCCUUCCUCCUCGUCUGCCUCAACU